AUGGACACGCUUUCCACUUACCUUGUGCUUAAAAGUGUCUUUUUGCCCCAAGCUGCCGUUGGACUUUCAGCCAACAUCUUAUGUCUUUUCUUCCUUAUUUUCACAUUGGUUCACCAUCACAAACCUAAGCCCCAUGACCUGAUCAGCUGUCACUUGGCCUUUAUUCAUGUACUGAUGCUCCUCACUGUAGUGGAUGUUUUAUCUCCAGAUCUGCUUGAAUCACUACCUUUUGAAAAUGACUUUAAAUGUAAGUCAUUGUUCUACAUAAACAGAGUGAUGAGGGGCCUAAGUAUCUGUACCACCUGCCUCCUGAGUGUCCACCAAGCCAGCAUCAUCAGCCCUAGAAAUGUCUGGUUGGCAAGAUUUAAACAUAAAUUCACAAAUAACAUGGUCAGUGUCAUCUUUUUGUUUUGGCCACUCAAUUUGUCUCUCAGUAGUAACAUAAUACUCUUCACUGUGGCUUCUUCCAACAUGUCCCAGACCAAUCUGCUUCAGAUGACUAAAUACUGCUCGCUUUCUCCCAUGAACUCCAUCAUCAGGGGAGUGUUUUUCACUCUGACAAUAUCAAGAGACUUCCUCCUUGUAGGAAUUACACUGCUCUCAGGCAUGUACAUGGUGAUUCUUUUGUUCAGGCAUCAGAGGCGAUCCCAGCACCUCCACAGCACCAGUCUAUCCCCAAGAUCCUCACCAGAGAAAAAAGCAACUCAGACCAUCCUGUUGCUGGUCAGUUUCUUUGUGGUCAUGUAUUCAGUGGACAUCAUCAUCUCAUCCUCUUCAACUUUGUUAUGGUUGUAUAACCCAGUCAUCCUGAAUGUACAAAUCCUGGUGGUCAAUGCCUAUGCUACCAUUGCUCCAUUUGUACAAAUCAAUUCUGAUAAAAGAAUAGGAGAUACCCUUGAAAAUAUGCAAUCAGUUUGCUGUCAACUUUUAACAAGUUAG